CCUGCAAUUUUUUUUCUCUCUCCUUCUUUCUACGUGUUAGCGGUAGUAGUGGCUGUCCCUCUCUCCCUUGCUUGGUUCUUGGCUGCUGCUUGCACUGCUGCACUGUCCUCCCCGUGCUAUACACCCACCGCACCGCCCACUGUACCGUACCCAGCCCCAACCAAACACCUGCUGACAGCCCUCCCCUCCUGGCUUUCCACCAAAAGUCCUGCAGUGGGCUCCUCUCUUUUAGCCUUCUCACGCGCUCUUUCUUGCCUCUUCCUCGUCCGGCCCACCCUCUCCUCCAAUAUUUUUUACUUCCUCUCCAUCUACAAACUUCCCCGUCCUCCGUCUUCUUUUAUUUUCUCGCUGGUGUUUUUGGUUCUUCUUCUUUUUUUAUUUACCGUUUGCUGUUCUGGCUGUCGCAGACACACCCGCGGCAAAGCAUCCCCAAGUUUCACCACCAAACACACCCUGUGGCGACAGUCAAACGCGCCUCGACAUUUUGUCCGCCUUACAGUCCUCCAACGCCCCCGUAGGCGUUGUCUGCAACAUAUAAACUCCUCGAGUUAACAUACAACCUUAACUGUCUCGAUUUCGCGACUCGUCUUGCCCGAUCCGCCUACUCUGACUACCCUUUCUGUAACGAAUCGUUGUCGCAUCCUCCCACCGUCUUCUUUUACCGACGCCCCUCCAUUCAAGUGCUUGAUAUAACGAGUCUAUAAGCUUCGCGAAAUCCGUUUCUUGACUUUCGUAUCAAUCGUCAAUCUUAUCGACAACCUUCUUUACCAGACGUUUUGUAUAAUCGAACAUCGCACAGUGUCAGCCUACCGACUAUUGCGACAAUGCCUGCCGCAUCAGGCACCGACUCGAAGCCGAACUCGGCUCCGGCUUCAAAACCGUCGUCCAUCAAAUCGCAUAACAGCGUCAAACGGUCUCCUGCUCUUCGACCUCAGGAUGCUCUGCCAGAAGUCCCUUCUAAUGGCGAAUCUCCUGUCCGACCCGCUGAGAAGGCCUCUGUCAAGGACCGUCUCAAGGGUAUGUUCUCAAGUAAAGAGCCCAGCCGAACUGGAACUCCCAACGGCGAAUCUGGCACCCGCUCGCGCGGCGCGUCGAUAAACGGGCUCGCGGCUCCGGCAACUCGCAAGAGCCCGUCUUCUGAGAAGGACAGAUCCUCUGGCGACAAGUCCAGCGAGAAGCCUGCAGAGAAGCCUGCAGAGAAACCAGCUGCCCCCAAGGCUGCUGGCGGCAAGGAGCCCUCUACUCGCUUUACCGCUAACCCAGACGUUCCUGGCGGCCACGAACACGUUCUCAAGUCGAGCCGAAGACAGGAAAAGCUGUCCGAUAUGUGGAGAAGCUUAAUCGGCAAAAAGCAAGAACCCACUCCAGAAAGCGAUCUCUCCCUCGUCUCAAAUUGGGUUGACUCGUUGCGUCAAGAAAAGGAAGACGCUGCCGAGAAGAAGGGCAAUGUCAACGUCUCUUCCACCCUUGUUGAAAAAUAUGGCAAAUGCCAGGAGAUUGUCGGCCGUGGAGCCUUUGGCAUUGUGCGCAUCUCGCACAAGAAGCUUGGAGCCGGCGAGAAACUCUUUGCCGUCAAGGAAUUCCGUCGUCGCCCCGAGGAAACCGAAAAGAAGUACAGCAAGCGCCUCACUGCCGAAUUCUGCAUCUCCUCUUCCCUUCGACACCCCAACGUCAUCCACACCCUCGACUUGCUCAAGGACGCCAAGGGUGACUACUGCGAGGUCAUGGAGUUUUGUGCCGGCGGCGAUUUGUACACCUUGAUCCUCUCCAGUGGCAAGCUCGAAGUCCAGGAAGCCGAUUGCUUCUUCAAGCAAAUGAUGCGCGGUGUCGAGUACCUCCACGAAAUGGGUGUUGCUCAUCGCGAUCUCAAGCCCGAGAACCUUUUGCUCACCACUCGCGGUGGCCUCAAAAUUACCGAUUUUGGCAACGGCGAAUGCUUCCGCAUGGCCUGGGAGACCGAUGCCCACAUGGUCUCCGGCCUCUGUGGUUCUGCACCCUACAUCUCCCCCGAGGAAUAUACUGACAAGGAAUUCGACGCCAGAGCCGUUGACGUGUGGGCGUGUGGUGUCAUUUACAUGGCCAUGCGCACCGGCAGACAUCUCUGGCGCGUUGCCAAGAAGGACGAAGACGAGUUUUACGGCCGAUACCUCGAGGGCCGCCGCGACGAAGACGGCUACGGCCCUAUUGAGUCUCUGCACCGAGCUCGAUGCCGUAACGUCAUCUACUCCGUCCUUGAUCCUCAUCCUACGCGCCGCCUCACAGCCGCGCAGGUGCUCAAGUCCGAAUGGGUCCGCGAAGUAAAACUUUGCAAGGCCGGCGAGGAGGGUCUCUAACACACUGUCCGUCAUGCUCUAUUGGCAUGGCGGACUGCUCCGAUGGCGGUAGCCACGGCAUUGCGCGCAAGCCUGCUUCUUUGGCAAGCCGCUGCGUGCGCCGUGGCUGCCCACCUAUCAGCAGGUUCUACCUUGUACAACCAGUUUUUCACGUGUGUUUAAACAAAAUACCCAUCCCUCCCCGCGUCUGCUACCCCCUUCAAACCUGCUACGGGAAGAGGACCAGACCGCACGGGGGGGCGUUCUUCUUUUCUGAAAACGCCUGUUUCUCUAUAUAUACAUAGAUACCCCCUCGACUGCAUUCAGCUCCCGGCCAGCGCAACAUUCGCAUACACCAGAAACCAGUGUGCGACGUGCAUACCCACUCUUACGACAUUGAAACGACAAUUCUAUAUACGGUGCGGUCGUAGUACCGCCUUCUUCUUCUUUCUUCUCUGAAGAUGCUCCAACAACCCCGUCAAUUUGGUCAAAUCGUUGUUCCUCGAAGCUCAGAUUAAGUACAUUUGCGUUGUCAACACGACGCUUCAGUGCUGCUCUGCUUAUCCAUUGGCGGUGUCCCAUGCAUGCCAUUGGAAAUAGCUUUGGAUUGAUUGAGUCUCUUCGUCUUCAUUUUUCUUCUUCCCUUCUUCAUACAUUUUUCUGUACGAAUGCUUUUUCAGGCAUGUAACGUUCGUUGCUAGAUUAUCUUUUAAAUGACGACUGAAAUGUUUACUUAAAUCUGUUCUCUACAUAUAUGCUUUAACCAGGUUUUGCCAAAGCAGGAUAUCACAAUGUAUAUGAAAUGUGUGUUUAUUCAGCUUAUUAGCUUCAAGCGCAAGAUAUAAAAAAAAGAAGACUCUGUUGGUCGUGCAAAAAUAGAAAUAAAACAACAAGAAGAAAGUAUACUCCGGUAUAUGCCUUCCAGCCAGUAGAAAGCACCCCCGCGCCCAAAAAAAAAAGCCUUGAUCACCAUCAGUGUGCAAUGACUCCUCUUGAAAGCAAGUUAUCCUCAUGUUCAAGUUCCCCUAACCCAAAAAGAAAAAGUCCAACAAAAAAUCAAAUACACGGAACAUCAGCACUUCGCAGUGCCAUAUCCCCUGGAUGUCUUAAUCUUUCCAAUUCUGAAUCCAUCACGUCGCAAAAUCCUGCCCAUCUCCAUGCAAAUCCCGCAAAUCCCUUAAAUAUUUUCGCCAGUUAUGUAACUAGAUGGGAAAAGGUGCAAAACACUUCUCCAUCCCGUGUGCAAUUGAAGUAGAGGUAUGUCCCGUUUCGGUUCGUUCGUGUCCUUGCGAUUCAGAGUUGAAGCGGUGCAUAGUGCAAAAUGUCUGACACGUUUGGUCGUGCAAGGCCGCCAGCCUGCUAGCGUCUGCUGUGGAUAUCAAAUAUGUAAAAAAAAGGUGAAAUCGUAAAAAGGGUUGGGAACCUUCUGUCCAAGGUUUGGGUGCCGUGUUUAUCUACAACACGUUGGUUCCCAGUAUAAAGACGAAACGGGAAGAUUAGACGCUAGCAGUUUGGUAAUUCGGCUAAGCCACUUAUGAGUGGAAGAGGUCCCAUGCUCUGUCACAGAGACGGAGGAAUUCUUCCUUCUUUUGUCGUUGUGUCUCAGGGCUGUCGCGGCCGGCUCCAAAUGGCCCUCUGCGAGUAGCGCUGGGUCCGUGGCCGAGUGGUGGGCUGCUUCCUUCAUACUCAGCACGGGGUCUUCUUCUACCGCUGCCGUUGGGAGCGGGAGCACCACGAGGUGAUGGCGGCGUGGGGGGUUGGUGGCCGCCGUAGUGCACGAGCUUAGGGAGCAAUUCGGGGCGGCCUCUAGCGAUUUCUUGCUGAGCUUCCUCAGCAGACUUGUAUCGAGCUUGCUGGGGUGGUGCGGGGUGGCUAGGAGGCAUGCCGGGGGAAGGCAUAGGUCUACCUCCAGAGUACAUAGCAGGCGCCUCUGCAUGCGCAGGAGUUCCAUGGGAGAAGACAUCGCUGAUGGGAGGAAGACGGUUGGCGGAGUGCUGAGGAGGAGGAUGGAUGUGGCUAUGUCCGCCGCGGUUGGGCGCAAUAUGACGGGUGUUUGGUUCAGCGUAGUGACGACCAGUGAAGCUGCGGCCAAGGGGGGCCGAUUGGAUAACAAGCUCAUUGGCAAACUGUUCGUGAGAUGGCGCCACAAUAGACAGACCGGGUGGUACUCCCUUUCUGCGCGACAUGCCAGGUGUCUUUGCGGCAAAGCCAGGCGUCUCUGGAUGUCUCUCACCCUUGGCAGAUUGUUGCUGAAGGCGUCUCUCAAUGAUAUCUCUCUGUUGGUCUCUGACGGUCAUACUGCGCUCUAGCUGCUGCUUCAUGACGGGGUCUUGGGUGACGAAGCCAGGUGAAAGGCAGGCGAGCCCGACCUCUUGGAUUCCAAGGCCCUCGCGGCCAGGAAGACCAAUAGCCGUUGCGGGACCACCUGGAACAUUGGCUCUUGAAAGAUGAAGCAUAGGAGGGCGGUGACGGUUGUUUGCCAUUCUUGGGGAUCCAGGUUCCUUCUUAAUAACAACACCUGGUUGGCCAUUCUUGGCACUAUUUGACAGGUUAGCUUUGCUUCUCCUUCGGCAUCAUACGGAUAGGAUACAAGCCGGGAACAACUUACGUUCGGGGAGGUGACGGCUUAGCAAUGGUGGUUUUGGGGCUGACGCUUCCAGGGCUAUUAGCAGCCGCAGUGCGAGGAGCAAGAGGCGGGUUGGCUUUGGGCGCCGACGGGGAAGUGGCGCCAUGCGCCGGCGCGGCAUUGGAAGAGUUGGCCAUUUCUGGGAGAGGAUUGCGCUUGUGAGGAGGUGAGGGAGCCACGGCAAUUGCAGCACUCAUUCUGAAAUCAAGCGAUCGGUGGCAGAUAAGGUGGCACAGUGCAAGGACGGCUCACUGCGCAGGUAGAUGUGAGGUGUUGCAAAGUGUGCGUGGCCUAGGAUUGCGAGAAAAUAUGUCUCAAAAUGCAGUUUUUAUGACAAUUUUGUGUUUUUUGCUUUGUGCAGUCCUGGAAAAUGUCGGCGCGUCACAAAUUGUAACGAGAUGUGUGGCGUCGUGGUCGGGAUGAAGCAGAGUCUAAGUAAGGCUCGGUGAUUCCAAAUGCGGUACGUUCAAGUUUUUUUUUGGUGAGAGUGCUUGAAUAUCGAAUCAAAUAAUAAAGUAGAGGUGUCGCUACAAUAAUAUGUAUCCAAACAGAGCAGCUGAAGAGAAAAAGAGCUAGGUUGGAGUGGGAGACGGUGGUUUGAUGCGGAACGCUGUGUGUGAGGAUGUUGGUUCCCGUGUUCGGCGGUGCGUUGGGCGAUAAAAUGCGAUCGUCGCAGCGGUGGGCAGCAGGCGGAUAAGAGGAGAAUAACAAGAAAGAGGAGAAGAGGAUGAAGUUUUUCCGGUGAUGAUGAAGAUGCCGCUGUUCCGGGUGCAGAGCUGAAGAGCACACAGCAAUAGUCGGGUACCAACAGCAAUCGGCGAAGGUGAAGAGGCAAAAAAAGAGAGCGACGGCGGCUGAGACGUGGU